CAAGAAUGUCCAGUGCUGCUCCCACAUUACAGAGACGCAAACACUGAGGCCAUUUGUGGCCUGUUGUCCGCCAGCGCGUUUAUGGGCAGGGCUUUCUGAAUGAAUCGAAGCUUUUUAACUAACGUUACACGCUGGAUUCAGCGAAACAGAAGGAGGAGGUUCGUUUCUGGGCGACCGAGUUAAGGAAGGUUUUUUCUCCGAGCUCGAGACAACAGUAAAGCGAUAAAAUGAUCAUCAUCAUCGAAGAUCAGGAUGGCUUUGACAAAGCUCUUGCUGAGGCAGGUGAUAAGCUUGUAGUGGUUGAUUUUACAGCCACGUGGUGUGGGCCUUGUCAGAGCAUCGCACCUUUUUACAAAGGCCUGUCUGAAAAUCCUUCCUAUGCUAAUGUGGUCUUCCUUAAAGUGGACGUAGAUGAUGCACAGGAUGUAUCCCAGUCUUGUGAGAUUAAAUGUAUGCCAACAUUCCACUUCUACAAGAACGGGAAGAAGCUGGAUGAUUUCUCUGGGUCCAACCAGACUAAACUGGAAGAGAUGGUGAACCAAUACAAAGACUAAGCCUGAUAUGACCCACUCAUAAAUGUUUCCUGUGCAGCCUAAGCUCCAAUUUUACAAACAAUAACUCCCCACUUGUUUUGUUAUUCAUGAAGGACUUUCAUUCUCUAGUCAUUUUCGGCGAUUUUAGCAGGUCAGAAUCUGCCUUACAAAAUCUUUCAUCCUUUUCCAUAAUGAAUGAAUACCUCUGUAUGUUUCUGUGUUCACAUGUAACUCUUAUUAGAUGUUUUUUUUUUCAACAUCAAUAAACACAAUUAUAAAAAUAGUA